AUGCUGCUUCAGAAUCGCCCCGUCAUAAUGCGUAUGGGGAUGAGAGCUUACAGUUCAACUCCCUCAGCUGCUGAAAAACCAGAUCCAGUGAAAACCAUAUGCAAAAUAAUGAUGUCGUCCACUGCCGUGACUCUGGAUACCGCCCUGGAGCAGAGCGGGGUUAGGGUUUCUCCCGAAGUUGUCGAAGAUGUGCUCAAGAGAUUCGAGAAUGCGGGCAUGAUCGCAUUUCGGUUUUUCGAAUGGGCGGCGAAGCAAAGGCACUAUGAACACAGUGUUCGGGUUUACCAUACCAUGAUAGAGUCUCUUUCCAAGAUAAGGCAAUACAGGGUGAUGUGGGAUGUCGUGAAUGCCAUGAAGAGCAAGAAGAUGUUGAAUGUCGAGACCUUCUGUAUUAUCAUGAGGAAGUAUGCUAGGGCUCAAAAGGUGGAGGAAGCCGUGUAUGCGUUCAAUGUAAUGGAGAAAUAUGAUGUGCCCCAGAACUUGGCAGCUUUCAAUGGCUUGCUCAGUGCUUUCUGCAAGUCCAAGAAUGUGAGGAAAGCCCAGGAGUUGUUUGAUAGUAUGAAGGAAAAGUUUGUCCCUGAUUCGAAAACUUAUAGCAUAUUGUUGGAGGGAUGGGGGAGAGCUCCAAAUCUCCCCAAGGCGAGGGAGAUUUUCAGAGAAAUGGUUGACAACGGUUGUAACCCUGAUGUUGUCACAUAUGGGAUCAUGGUCAAUCUUCUCUGCAAGUCUGGGAGGAUUGAUGAAGCUUUGGUAAUUGUAAGAGAGAUGAAUGAUAUGGGUUGUAAGCCGACACCUUUUAUUUAUAGCGUUCUGGUUCAUACUUAUGGCACAGAAGGACGGAUCGAAGAUGCUGUUGAAACAUUCCUCGAGAUGGAAAAGGAAGGUAUAUAUCCUGAUGUUCCAGUGUACAAUGCUUUAAUUGGAGCAUUCUGCAAGGUUAACAAACACAAGAACGUGUACAGGGUUAUAAAGGAGAUGGACUCUAAGGGUGUCUCAUGUAAUUCAAGAACUUAUAACAUUAUUAUAAACAGCUUGAUUGACUGUGGGAAGACGGAUGAAGCUUUUACAGUUUUCCGCAGCAUGAUCAAGGUGUGUGACCCAGAUGCAGACACAUACACAAUGAUGAUAAAGAUGUUCUGUGAGAGAAAGAACCUGGAGUUGGCUUUCAAAGUCUGGAAGUACAUGAAGGUAUCACUUAACAAGUUGAGAAAGACACUGUUGGAAGUAAUUUAUGAAGCCUCCAAGGAGGAGUUGCGCAGCUUGAAAGGGUCUGCAAUGGAUGAUAAAUAUGGAAGCAGAGUUUCAUUCUCGUACUGUUUGUGCUUCAGAAAGCAUACACGAUGA